AUGUUAUGUUCACGGGUUAAGUGUGACUUUGAUUAACUUUAUUAGGCAGAUAUUGAGCUUUGAAAUCUAUCUCGAAAUUGUAUCGUAUGUCUGCUAUAACGCAAAAUUAUAGCAAAGUGGAGGCCUUCGCAAAUGUGAUUGAUCAUAUCUCAACUGCAUACUACCAUCUUGUACUGACAUUUGUCGCAUGCAUGUAUUUGACGUAUCACGCUGCAAUGCACAAUAUUUUUUUAAUUUUGAAUUUCAUUCCUGGCAGUAUUAUGACUAACUAGUUGAUCAGCGUAACCUGAAUAAGUGUGACUUGAUGCACUUGACCAUGCAUUUAAACUUGAAACGCACAUGCUUAGCACCUGCCAAGAUUUACUCAUAUACGAUUUGCAAAAUCGCGCAAGGAUACUACACCCACAUGAUCAUGGACUUCUUGACCCCCAAAUCGAGCUCGCGACUACCACAUCGGUUUGCUUCUAGCUCAAUCAGGAUACACCAAUCUGUCCAUGGUGACAAUGCAUAUAUUUAAACGGUAUAAGUAGUUGCAUAGCUUCCUUGUAACCUUUGGAUCCUCGGCCUCGCCGCAAUGCGCAGCGAAUUCUCGACUCCUUGUUUUUAAUUCAUCCAAAUCAGCCACAGCAUUAUAAAAUAGUAAUUUCAUUUGUCACUACACAUCUUUUAUGCUGAACAAUAAUGGAUUCCCAUAAAUUGAUUCUUGUAUUUGCCAACGUAAAACCUGAAGCUUGCUAGUUGUCUCCCGUUCGUACGACACAAACUAGGGUCUAAGUGUGCUGGUCGCUGCAUCGUUGGUUUUGACCAGGUUUCUUGACAGUGAUUAAUCAAAUGAUCAGUAAACGUAGUCAUGCAUUCACUUCUAAAGGACUCCAAUCGAAAAAUAGCAUCGACAUCCUUGCUAAGCUUUCCAUGCGUCCUCAUCAAACAAACUUUUACAGUUUUCAUCCGUGACUUUGACCUUGUUAUGCUAGCAUCCUUUUUGUUGCAUCAUAAAACAAAUUGACAAUCCUUCUAUUGCAAAGUAAGUACCAAACAGAUAUGUAAACCCCACCCGAAUCUCAGCGCACAACGCUCACCUUCUUCAAAGGCUUCAGGGCUCGCGUUCCCUAUCAGUCGAUGUAUCCCAGAGCUUCUUGAACAGUCACAACGUUCCGCUCACCGCCACAUGGGCUUCUCACAUUAA